GCGCUUCCAUGUCACUGGUAGAAACACCAACAACAGAGAGGAGAGACUCGUCCCCGCCCACUCUCCCGGCCCUCCUCGGAGCUCUGAGCGGCUAAAAGUAGUUUAGCAGCUUAGCUACAGGAGCUGUGAUGGAGAAGGACGGGAGAAGACCACUUCUGCUUGCCCCAACGACAAAAGUGGGAAGGAAACGCAAGUCAAUAGAAGAAAGGUUAGAGACGAAGAGGAGAUGUGAACAAGCGAGGAAUCAAUCUCGGAUAAACAUCGGGUCAUCCAUCGAGCGGUGGAGAAAGCUCCGCCAGGAUUUGGGCCUGAAAACAGACGCCGAGACAGCAGAGUUUUUAUUAAACAGGUAAUUUUUAUCGCCUUUUAUCGUGGCACAUGUUACAUGAAUAACUCGUAUUAGUCUCUGCAAUGUCAACACGGUAGCUGUCCAGGCAGCUGCAGACGGUGCUCGCUGCAGAGGUGGCGUUUGCUGAUGUUAGUCACCAAAAAUCCGACAUGGUGAAUCCUGUUAGGAACUAGCGUAGGAUAAUGUAACCAUAGAUAUAUAUAAGAAAGGCUAGAUGACCCGAGGCGGAGUCUCACGGCGGCCAUCUUACUUCAGUAUACCAUUCUGGUACGCUCUAUGGUAGCUGUCGGGAGGUGAGUAAUCUGCAUGAUCAAAAAUACUCUUAACUCGCUGAAAUCUUGACAGGUUUACAAAUGGUUUGGUUUAUUACAUACCUUGAUAACGUGGCUAUAAGUCGGGAUUCUUGGACAUAUUGAAAUAACAGCUUUUCUUUGAGGAAAAAAGACUUUAUCAUGAAGCAAAGUUGUUUAACAGCUAUUUGCGCACAAGGGCUAACAAUGUCUUGUAUGACACCCUUUUUUAAAUUUAUUUAGUCUACGUGAAAGUCUUGGUAGAUGUACUUGUGUUUAUCAGUUGUCUAACUAGGCUAACAGAGUGGCUGUGAGUGAGACCGAGUACAUAUUAUAAAGUUGACCCAUCAAUUUUAUAUUAGUUGGAGAGGCAGAAAUGCUCUUUCGAUUCAACAUAACUUAAGUUGCACAUGAUUUCCAAACUGUUUGGUUUGUUAAAAACAUCUAAAAUGGCAACAUGAGGCAGAAAUUUAUAUUGAAAAUAAAUAUUUACGUAUGUUAUUGCUAUAUGUUGUUAUAGUUAUCCCUAUAAUAGAAUAUUACUUAUUUAACAUACAUAGAGGGAUUAAAUUUUUGUUUAUAAAUUAUUUAAUAUAACUGCCUUGUGUGUGUAGGCCUAUAGGUAUUGCCCUACAAAGUCAAAGUCAACUUUAUCAAAUAAGCUAUACAUGAUAAACACAAAGCACAGAUGAAAUUUCAGUCCUCUCAGACCCAUGGUGCAUAACAAUAAACCAUAAGAAUAAAACUAAAACAGUAUAAAUAUAGAAUAAACAACUGAGCUACACAAAAGACCACCUUAAAUACUCACAUCAAUUUACUAAAUAAAGAUAGCAAUAUAAGCAGCAUAACAGUAUAAACAGUGUUAGAGUACAAGGAGGAAGGUGAGUGGAAGAAAGUGAAUGUAUACAGUAUGGCAGUCCUGUAGUGGACAUAAUAGUGCAAGUAUGGCAAUAUGGAAAUAAAUGUAAUACAGUAGUAAUGAUGUUGCUCUACCUAUCUGCUUAAUGUUUAUUUAUGAAAAUCCAUGGUUAAAAUUAUUCUUUAGCACGCAGGAACAUAACUAUGACUCUGAGGUUUGUUACAAACCAAACCGCUCGAAAAUCAGUCUAGAAUUAAACAAUCUAUUGUUAUUUAAAUGAUACAUACACCAUAGACUGUGACGUUAUGAGUGGGCGAGUGUCCCGUAGCAAAAUGGCCGCCAUGCGCGGACGUCGGUCUCCAUUGGCUAACAUCUAGUGUGUUUAUGUAUAUCUAUGGUCGGGUCGGCCUACUGACGAAACGACGAACGGCACGCAGACCGGAAGUUAUGGCAUAUAUACAGGGAACUAAAGGAGCAGUGAGUUGCUGCGAGUUGUUGUAAUUAGUGAAAACAGCGAAAACAAAUAGCUACACAUGGCCGAUGAUGUGACGGGGUCUACAAAAACAAAAAGAAUUUUAACAGAAAAACAAAAAAGAGCAAAAAAAGAACGUGAUCGAGUGAGGACAAAGACGAGAGUAAACCUCGGUAAAUCCUUCGCGAAGUGGAGAGAGUUGCGGGACUCGAAGGGAUUCAAGUCGGAUCCUGAAUUUGCCCAAUUCCUCCUAGACAGGUACCGUGCUUUUUACAGUGCUGUCUUAUUGAUAUGAAGGUAUAACAUUUCCGAGGAAAGCUGACAAAUUUAGCUCUAUGUACUAAUCUACAGCCGAGUUAUCUAAUCUGUUUGUUGUUACAAACGGGACGUAACUGUAGGCUAAAAACACAAGCUACAAUAAUACGACAUUACGGACCUUAUUAAGAGGAAAAAAAGCGACUUAUUGCUUCUCUAGUUAUACCAACUUUAGUAACGACCGCACGAUAGCAAUACACAGCAGUCUAAGCCACUCUCCUCCAGCAGAGUGGGCAAACAGUCGGCAACAUUCAUCUCUCGAGGGGGUGUGUAAUUCGGUGUUAUGGUGUGUUUAACUCCAAUUUAGUUUUAUGACGGAAUAUCCCUUUAACAUUCAAGAAUACUUUUAACACUUUUUCCCUUCUUCCUGUUCUCUCCAACUUUUCCAUCAUUAUUCCUCAUUCCUGUCUGUAAUUCCCACACAUCAGAAGUACAUGCUCUCUAUUGUCAUCAGCUCUUGGCAAUGCUCACACAAUCCCUUUUGCUACCUCUGUAGUUUACUGUGUUUUAUGUCCCCACUGCAUCUGUGUCCUUUAAUCCAAUGGCCACGUUGUUUCAUUAUAGAUAUUAUCAGAAGAACCCGCCCAAGAAUCAACUGGACACUCCUGUUGUAAAAAAGAAAUCUGCUGCUGAGUCCCGGUUUGUACACUCUUUUUAGUACCAUUGCCAUGCUCACUAUACUCUACAUGUGAAUUAUAGUAACUGUCUGAAAACAUCGACACUGAGCCUCAUUAUACAUUUAUGGUCUUUACAAGUGUCUUUUAAUCUUUGGCAAUAACAUGUUCAUCCUACAACAACAAACAUGCUUGUUAAUUAAUUGUGUCUUUGUUGUGUGUUUUUGCAGUGGCAGUGUGUACUAUGAAUGCCAGGUGACUGUGGGUUCAGUCAGUGAAGAUGAGCAAACUCUAUCCGCUUGUUCUUCUCCACUGUCAUCUGAUAAAGAAAUGGUAAAAAUGCUGCUGAGACACACUCACGAUACUCUUAAAGAAACUUGAGUCAUGCACUUUUUGAUAUUUUGAAGUCAAAUAAUCAAAUUAAACGCUAACACAAGAGGAAGACAUAUGUAGAUAGAUAAGAGAACAUUUGAUCUCCUUUUCAUGUUGUUCGAUAGCUGUAUUACCGACACUGCAGAUAGCCUCUUUGUAUGUGAUUAGGUUUGCUUAUAACUGAGCUGUUUGCUGAUGAGUACCUGUUUCUUGUCCCUCUUUAGGAGUCUGAGGAAGGAGAUGGGAAAAUGAGAAGUCCAGUUGAGAGCACGCCAACUAUUAAAUCUGAAAUUAAAGAGGAAAUAGGUAGGUGGUUCUCAUUAAAACAAAAAGUAUUGGCAAGCUUAUCCGAUUAAAAAUGUUAUAACUGAUGUCCUUUUCUAAUCGACACAGAGAUCAAAAAAGAGAGUGAUGAAGAAUUCAGCAUCUCAAGUAGUUCUUGGUGAUGGUCUUAACCUGGUGGAUUGAGGAAGGUGGGUUGGUGUUGAUUUAAGAAACCAAGAUACAGUUAAAUGUUUUUUAAAAAUUAGCUUUCAAGUUUCUUCCCCAUCAACAUAAAAUAUGCUGAAUUUCCAUUUCUGGAGUUUUCCAUUCCUCAAACAUCUGUUUUCUUCCUCCUCAGCUCAUCAGUUUGUUGCAUUCUUGGCAUGACUUGAAGAGCUCAGGAGGCACUCUUCUUCAACAACAGACACUGUACGGUUAAAAACCAGGUCAAAGGACUCCGGCUGGUGGAUCACCAGGCAUGCUGUAACUGUGAAACCCACAGUGAGUGGGCUAACCUGCCAGAUGACAGCGACAGGGGUUUUCAGAUAAAUGGAAAAGAUGCAGAGGACCACUCACAGAGCAACAUUCAGAACAAACGUUAAGAUGAUGUCGUCUCUUGAUAAGAUUCCAGGCUGACUGGUUUUACUGCAUGAGCAAUAAAUCAGGAUAACGUUCCACUUUUAUCUGAUGUUCGGCAGAUCGAGUAGCUGAACUCUAUUUUUUUUCUGCUGUGGAUCUGGGGCUACUGAAUUAUUUGUGGUAUUGCUCAAUGUCAUCAAGUGCGAGCACCUCCUGAUGCUUUCAUUGCAGCUCCUCGAGAGGUGUAGAUUGUAUUUAAACCUCACCUACACCUGUAGUAGCUUCAUAGUACUCAUCUGUUCAAAAACAAACAUUGCAGUAUGAGACAACAUUUACAUUUUGGUUAUGUAAAUACUGGGUUUCUCUUCUGUAGAAUUGGACUCGUCCUUGAGUCUUCUUUGAAAAACCCUUCUCAUGAGAAUUUCAGGUCAGGUUUAAACUCCUCUUCAUGUUCAUGAGUGUGGUAUUUUUGGACCCCAUGUUUAUCCCUGUAACAUGUAAUCCGUGUCUGGAAAAGCUUUGUGAGAUGGGUGUGUUGUUGCUGCUAAGAACCCAGGCCAAAACUUCAAACCACCUAGAAAGUUCGACCAAAGUGAGCAGUACUACUCCUAUUUUGGACACAAUGGCUUCAUACAAGACAUCCCAGUCAAAUUAAUGUGCGUACUGGAACGAUCACCAUGUGGGAGAACAGAGAUAAUAUUUUUGAAUAUGAGGAGGAAAGGAAAGGUCUGUAACCUUUACUAUGUACAGAUAUAGACCGUAUGUGCAUGCCACGUGUAAAAAGUUCAACAUGCAGGACAAACAAGAACUUUUGUAGGCUUUUUAUUUAAGGCAAACCUCAAACUUGUGUUCAGUUGGUGAAUAUAAAACUAAUAUUUUCUUGAUUAAAAAACAUGAAUGAAAAUGA